CGUUUAAAACUUAUAGCAAAAUCUCUAAUUACUUAAUCUCUACUGAAUGUUUUAAGACAAUCAUAAUAAUAAUAAUCUAAAAGGUAAUUUAGGUAUAACAAUUACUAGUGAUUAUUUUGUUGGAGAUUUAAAGAAAGCUUUAACAAUGGCAAGAGGUCGAAAGCUGACGAUGAGCCAGAGCGAGAGGUAUCUUGGAAGCGGCUACAGCUACGGCGACGGUAACGUAACCAACGAACCAGAGCUCACGGAGGAGGACAUCUGGUCACACGCCGUCGAUCAUAGCCCGGAGAUGCUGGAGUCUCAUGGAGCGUGGAACACACGCGAUGCUGUUGUGAGAAAUGGGCGCGUCGGUGGUGGUUUGUCCUUGGCGUUUGAGGACGCGUCGUCGUCGCCGAGGAUCGUGCAUCAGAUACGUUGCGGAGGAGAAGGAGGAGGGGGAGGAGGAGAAAUAGUUCAGCGGCAGUUGGCGUCGUCGGCGCCGGUGAACGUGCCUGACUGGAGUAAGAUAUAUAGGGUCAACUCGGUUGAGUCGAUACACGAGUCGGAUGAAGAGGACGAGGAAGAUUCAGGGAUGAUGAUGCCGCCGCAUGAGUACCUAGCGAAGAGCCAAAAGCGGCGGAGCAGGAAAUCUGGCGGCGGAUUAGGCGGUGGCGCGUCGGUGUUUGAAGGAGUUGGAAGGACUCUCAAAGGACGAGAAUUAAGGCGCGUUCGUGACGCGAUUUGGAGCCAAACAGGGUUCUACGGCUAAUAAAUAAGUUAGUAAUAAUAUAUAAUUUGAAGAAAAAAAAAACAUUUUAAAACUUCCAAACUAAAAGAGCUUUGAAAAAUAUUUGCUUAUUUUGUCAGUUUAGAGUUCAUUUUUGCAACUUUCUUGAAUCCCAAGCUUGAGAUGUAUAAGAUUUAUAUUGGCUUUCCCAUGCAAAUGCUCUUUUUUUUUUUUACAGAUUGAUAAAUUAAUUGUGGGAAAAUUUUCAAUAACGAACCUCAUCUGCUUUGUGUAUAAAUUUCUUUGCUUGUUUUGUAUCGAGUAAUUUCAAGAUCAAUCAAUGUUUUAAUGUCUU